GCUCGGUUCGACAUCCUUAACCCCCCUCCACGCACAACUGACAAUAGUCUCGUCCCAGUUUUCAUUGAUAAACCUGUUGUUGUCACUUUCAGCCACUUCUGAUUCUUUCGCUUGUUGUUGAAAUACUUUUUCACGGAGAUUUUUUUAAGCCAACAGAUCCAAAUUCAAAAUGGAUGGUGGAUCUUCAGAAAACUGUAUGAAAUAUAUUCUUUUUUUCUUUAAUUUGAUCAUCUUUAUCUUGGGUAUUGCUGGUGUUGCCCUCGGAAGCGUCUUGCUGGCUAGAAAGGACCUUUUACUAGAGGGGCUUGACGAAAUUAAAAUUGAAGGUGUUCUUGAUGGCUUUGAUAAUGAGACGAUUAAGGCUGCUGCCAUCGUUCUGAUAAUUGCAUCUGUUGUUGCUGUAUUUAUUGCAUUCUUCGGUUGCUUUGGAACAUGGAAAGAGAACAUCUGGAUGCUUGGAACAUACAGUACAAUAAUGACCAUUAUCCUUGCUCUACAAGUUGCUGUCUUCGUAAUGAUCGUUGUGGCUCGGCCAAAGUUUGAGAAAACUGUAAAGGACGCUCUAAAAGAACUGUUUGAGAAGUCGAAAAGCCCUGAACAGAAGGCGGUUGUUUCAAAUCUCUUCACAAAUAACAGUUGUUGUGGUAUUGACAAGCCAGAAGACGUAGCUAAAUACAAUUUCAGGUGUGACAAUAUGGAUUGGCCAGGCUGUUAUACAAAAGUUAAAGAAACUAUCGAAAUAAAUCUCCCUACAGCCAUUGGUAUUGCCAUCGUUAUUAUUGUGGUGCAGGUAUGUUCUCACUUUUGAAUUUCUUAACCCUUU